CCCACUCCUCCUCGAUCUGCACAGCAGCCUGGAAGGAAAAGACACAACAUACCGGAUGUCUCUCCUCUGUGGGCACGUCGCUCCGAUCCCAGCACCCCUUAACACUCCUCCGCCCCCCACCUCCCAGGGUAGAAGGGCGAGCAGAGGCAGACUCUAUGAGUCACGUCCCGGGCCUGGAGUGGAGGAGGGAAGCACCGCCUCCCCUAGGGCCCCUUCUCUCCCCGCUUGGCCCUCCCCGCGGAGGGCGCCAGAUGCUGCGCAGCGCUCACCGAGUCUCCAUCACCAAUUCGGCUGGGGCGCCCCGCAAGGCCGCAGGCGAUAUGAACCUCCUGGCGCCCGUGCGGAGGGACCGCAUCCUGGCGGAGCUGCCCCAGUGCCUGAGGAAGGAGGCCGCUUUGCACAUGCACAAAGACUUCCACCCCCGCGUCACUUGCGCCUGCCAGGAGCACCGGACAGGCACCGUGGGAUUUAAAAUCUCCAAAGUCAUUGUUGUGGGGGACCUGUCGGUGGGGAAGACUUGCCUCAUUAAUAGGUUCUGCAAAGACACUUUUGAUAAGAAUUACAAGGCAACCAUUGGAGUGGAUUUUGAGAUGGAGCGGUUUGAGGUGUUGGGGGUCCCCUUCAGUCUCCAGCUUUGGGACACUGCUGGACAGGAGAGGUUUAAAUGCAUUGCGUCAACCUACUACCGAGGAGCUCAAGCCAUCAUCAUUGUCUUCAACCUAAAUGAUGUGGCGUCUCUGGAACAUACCAAGCAGUGGCUUGCCGAUGCGCUCAAGGAGAAUGACCCUUCCAGUGUGCUUCUCUUCCUCGUGGGUUCCAAGAAGGACCUGAGUACGCCUGCACAGUACAUACUCAUGGAGAAAGAUGCCCUGAAGGUGGCUCAAGAGAUUAAGGCUGAGUUCUGGGCAGUCUCCUCUCUCACUGGUGAAAACGUCCGGGAAUUCUUCUUCCGUGUGGCAGCACUGACCUUUGAGGCCAACGUACUGGCUGAGCUGGAGAAAUCAGGGGCCCGGCGCAUUGGGGAUGUUGUCCGCAUUAACAGCGAUGACAGCAAUCUCUACCUAACUGCCAGCAAGAAGAAGCCCACAUGCUGCCCCUGAGGGGCGAGGAGACUAUCCAGAGACUGCUGUCCGUGGGGCACUGCAACUCCCUAACCUCAGAGCUUGGCCUCUGGAUGUUUGCACUGAUUUUUUCUAGACCAAAGAGCAGCCAUCGGUGGCAGUAACCCUGCCAGGGGCCGAUGGGACCUUGCAGAUCACCCCCAGGCAUCAUACCAAAGACUGACGGCCCUCCCACGCCUCUGGAGGUUCUCCUGCCAGGGGAGCAAUGUCCCUGCUGCUUCUGCCCAGCCUUUGCGUAUGAGGAUACUUAAUGAUUCCAGCCCAACACUGUGCCUUAUGCAUUAAAAUCUUUGCUAGCAGUUGUGGGUAGACUCCUUUGCUGAGAGUGCAGGAUUUGUAGUGAGAGCUGUAAGGAUAUUUGGGACUGGAGUGAGCCCCCUGUGGAGAUUUUAAUCGUGCUUGGCUCCUGGGCAGGUCUCAGGCAGGUUGGGGAGAUCAGAGAAGAGGUUUAGGGUGCUGACCAGACCUUCGCAGGGUAAGAUCUAAAGAGCUGGUUUUGAGCACCUUCUCUUCUGUCCUGUCCCCCAAUGCUUCCUACUUGAUAUUUAUACCUACAUUUCCACCAUUUUUUUUUUUUUUUUUGGAACUGGGGUCCAAACUUGUGACCUUGCGCUUGUGAGGCAGGUGGUGGCACUACUACUAAAUCCCUACCCGGUUUGUGUCUUAUUUUGAGAUAGUGUCUCACCCUGUAGUCUAGGCUGGUCUUGAACUCA